CGUGAGGGAGAGCGGGUUGGGGGAGGGGUUCAGGCCUGUCCUCCCCAGCGGCUGCGGCGGCACCAGCGCCGGCCUCCAGCGCCUCCGGGACGCGGAGGAGGAGGAGCAGCGGCUGGAGGAGUCUGCGGAGGGGGUGGGCCCCGGGGAGCGGGAUGCCCGGCGCUGCGGCUGGGCGGUGAAUGCUGAGGAGUGUCCCGGUAGCUGCCGUGUGUGCCGCCGGCAGGAAGUUGUGGCGUGAGGCCGACCGGGAGCUCGCGGCGCUGUGGCGACUCGCAGCGCGGGGUCGGUGCGAAGACUCUGUCAGACCCUUUCUCCCACGAACCAUGCCUGGAAGGAACAAGGCGAAAUCGACCUGCAGCUGCCCUGACCUGCAGCCCAAUGGACAGGAUUUGGGCGAGAGUGGACGGGUUCCCCGUCUGGGAGCUGAUGAAUCGGAGGAGGAGGGACGGAGAGGGUCGCUCAGUAAUACCGGAGACCCUGAGAUCGUCAAGUCCCCCAGCGACCCCAAGCAGUACCGAUACAUCAAGUUACGAAAUGGCUUGCAAGCACUUCUGAUUUCAGACCUAAGUAAUAUGGAAGGUAAACCCGGAAAUACAACAGAUGAUGAAGAGGAUGAUGAGGAAGAGGAGGAGGAAGAUGAUGAUGAUGAUGAUGAAGAUUCUGGAGCUGAAAUAGAAGAUGAUGAAGAAGAGGGUUUUGAUGAUGAAGAUGAGUUUGAUGAUGAUGAUGAUGAUGAUGAUAAUGAGCAUGAUGAUGAUGAUCUUGAUACUGAGGAUAAUGAACUAGAAGAAUUAGAAGAGAGGGCAGAAGCCAGAAAGAAAACCACUGAAAAACAGUCUGCAGCCGCUCUUUGUGUUGGAGUUGGGAGCUUUGCGGAUCCAGAUGACCUGCCUGGGCUGGCACACUUUUUGGAGCACAUGGUAUUCAUGGGUAGCUUGAAAUACCCAGAUGAGAAUGGAUUUGAUGCCUUCCUGAAGAAACAUGGGGGUAGUGAUAAUGCCUCAACUGACUGUGAACGCACAGUCUUUCAGUUUGAUGUGCAGAGAAAAUACUUCAAGGAAGCCCUGGAUAGAUGGGCCCAGUUCUUCAUCCAUCCACUAAUGAUCAGAGAUGCAAUUGACCGUGAAGUUGAAGCUGUUGAUAGUGAAUAUCAGCUUGCAAGACCUUCUGACGCAAAUAGAAAGGAAAUGUUGUUUGGAAGCCUUGCUAGACCAGGACAUCCUAUGGGGAAAUUUUUUUGGGGAAAUGCUGAGACCCUGAAGCAUGAGCCAAAAAAGAAUAAUAUUGAUACACAUGCCAGAUUGAGAGAAUUCUGGACACGUUUCUAUUCUGCUCAUUACAUGACUUUAGUGGUUCAAUCCAAAGAAACACUGGAUACUUUGGAAAAGUGGGUGACUGAAAUCUUCUCUCUGAUACCAAAUAAUGGAUUACCCAAACCAGACUUUGGCCAUUUAACGGAUCCAUUUGACACACCAGCAUUUAACAAACUUUAUAGAGUUGUUCCAAUCAGGAAAAUUCAUGCUUUAACCAUUACGUGGGCACUUCCACCUCAACAGCAACAUUACAGGGUGAAGCCACUUCAUUAUAUUUCCUGGCUGGUUGGACAUGAAGGCAAAGGCAGCAUUCUUUCAUAUCUUAGAAAAAAAUGCUGGGCUCUUGCAUUGUUUGGUGGAAAUGGUGAGACAGGAUUUGAGCAAAAUUCUACCUACUCAGUGUUUAGCAUUUCUAUUACACUGACCGAUGAGGGCUAUGAACAUUUCUAUGAGGUUGCUCAUACUGUCUUUCAGUAUUUAAAAAUGCUACAGAAGCUAGGCCCAGAACAAAGAAUUUUUGAAGAAAUUCAGAAAAUUGAGGAUAAUGAAUUUCAUUACCAAGAACAGACUGAUCCAGUUGAGUAUGUGGAAAACAUGUGUGAAAACAUGCAACUGUAUCCACUGCAGGACUUUCUCACUGGAGAUCAGCUGCUUUUUGAAUACCAGCCAGAUGUCAUUGCUGAAGCCCUUGAUCAGCUAGUUCCUCAAAAAGCAAAUCUUGUUCUUCUGUCUGGUGCUAAUGAGGGAAAGUGUGACCUCAAGGAGAAAUGGUUUGGGACUCAAUAUAGUAUAGAAGAUGUUCAGAACUCUUGGAAUGAACUAUGGAAGAAUGAUUUUGAAUUAAAUCCAGAACUUCAUCUUCCAGCUGAAAACAAGUACAUAGCCACAGACUUCACUUUGAAGGCUUUUGAUUGCCCUGAAACAGAAUACCCUGUUAAAAUUGUAAAUACUCCACAAGGUUGCCUGUGGUAUAAGAAAGACAACAAAUUCAAAAUCCCCAAAGCGUAUAUACGUUUCCAUCUGAUUUCACCUUUGAUACAGAAAUCCGCUGCAAAUGUGGUUCUCUUUGAUAUCUUUGUCAAUAUCCUUACCCAUAACCUCGCGGAACCAGCUUAUGAAGCUGAUGUGGCACAGCUGGAGUACAAACUGGUAGCUGGAGAACAUGGUUUAAUUAUUCGAGUGAAAGGAUUCAACCAUAAGCUACCUCUACUCUUUCAGCUCAUUAUUGACUACUUAGCUGAGUUUAACUCCACGCCAGCUGUUUUCACCAUGAUAACCGAGCAGCUCAAGAAGACCUACUUCAACAUCCUCAUCAAACCUGAAACUCUGGCCAAAGAUGUGCGGCUUUUAAUCCUGGAAUAUGCCCGUUGGUCUAUGAUUGACAAGUAUCGGGCUCUGAUGGAUGGCCUUUCCCUUGAGUCUCUGCUGAGCUUCGUCAAAGAGUUCAAAUCCCAGCUCUUUGUUGAAGGUCUGGUACAAGGGAACGUCACAAGCACAGAGUCUAUGGAUUUCCUGAAAUAUGUUGUUGACAAAUUGAACUUCACACCUUUGGGCCAGGAGAUGCCUGUGCAGUUCCAGGUGGUUGAGCUGCCCAGCAGCCACCACCUGUGCAAAGUGCGAGCUCUGAACAAGGGUGACGCCAACUCUGAAGUCACUGUGUACUACCAGUCAGGCACCAGGAGUCUAAGAGAAUACACUCUUAUGGAGCUGCUUGUGAUGCACAUGGAAGAGCCUUGUUUUGACUUCCUUCGAACCAAGCAGACCCUUGGGUACCAUGUCUACCCUACGUGUAGGAACACAUCUGGGAUUCUGGGAUUUUCUGUCACUGUGGGGACUCAGGCAACCAAAUACAACUCUGAAGUUGUUGAUAAGAAGAUAGAAGAGUUUCUUUGUAACUUUGAGGAAAAGAUCGAGAACCUCACUGAAGAUGCAUUCAAUACCCAGGUCACAGCUCUGAUCAAGCUCAAGGAGUGUGAGGACACCCACCUUGGAGAGGAGGUGGACAGGAACUGGAACGAAGUGGUGACACAGCAGUAUCUCUUUGACCGACUUGCCCACGAAAUUGAAGCACUGAAGUCCUUCUCAAAAUCAGACCUGGUCACCUGGUUUAAGGCUCAUAGAGGACCAGGAAGCAAAAUGCUCAGCGUUCACGUGGUUGGAUAUGGUAAAUACGAGCUGGAAGAAGAUUCAAACUGUUCUGGCGAGGAUUCAAACUCUUGUGAAGUGAUGCAGCUAACCUACCUGCCGUCCUCUCCUCUGCUGGCAGAUUCUACCAUCCCUAUUACUGAUAUCAGGGCUUUCACAUCAACACUCAGCCUUCUCCCUUACCAUAAAAUAGUCAAAUAAACAAACUGCAGUCUUGUUGGCCUGAA